UCCGUCAUCGCCUUCUUCUCCUUUCAACUUAACCAUUGUCAUAACAUCUCAACAAUUAGAGACUUUGGUCAAUUCCAAUAUACACUAUAGUAUACGAUUAUUACACUUGCUGCUACUGCUUAACUCUCAACUACUAGCAUGGCAGAAUCAGGAGACGCACCAGUCGACAAGCCUGUACAAGUCAAGCUCGUCUUACUAGGUGAAGCAGCAGUAGGAAAGUCAUCUGUCGUCAUGCGGUUUGUGCAAAACGACUUUAGCGAGAACAAAGAGCCGACAAUCGGCGCUGCGUUCUUGACCCAAAAGUGCCGGCUUGAAGACCGUGUUCUGCGAUACGAGAUCUGGGAUACUGCUGGUCAAGAACGCUUCCACUCCCUAGCACCGAUGUACUACCGGAACGCGCAAGCCGCAGUGGUGGUGUACGACAUCACGAAGGCUUCCUCGCUAGAAAAAGCAAAGAGCUGGGUGAAAGAGCUCCAACGGCAGGCAAACCCGAACAUCGUCAUCGCUCUCGUGGGGAAUAAACUCGAUCUCGUACAAUCUCCCGCGGCUGCGGGUGCUGCGCCAGCAGGGGAAGAAGCGGAAGACGAGGAGGCAGAUGACGCUACUGCUACUCCUGGGGAAGGCGGGGAACAACCGCUCCCGGAACCGGAGCAGGAGGGGGAGAGUCUCCGCCAGGUGCCGAAGGACGAAGCGGCGGCUUAUGCGCAGGAAGCGGGACUGUUGUUCGCGGAGACAAGCGCGAAGACUGGCGAGGGUGUCGUAGAGGUGUUCACGGAGAUUGCUAAGAAGAUUCCUAUCGAGCAUAUCCUCGCUUCCACCCGAGGCGGCUCGGGCUCACGUGCAGGAGGCGCACAAGCCCGACCAAACGUCACUCUCCAAGAAGGACAACAGCCCGCGGGGGGAAAGGCGUGCAAUUGCUGAGUGGGUCUUAGCCGGUCUGGGUGACAGUGCGGAGGGUGCAGUGCCGGCUGUAGGUGAUGGAAGGAGUUCUCGUGGAGAGGUGCCGCGUUCUUAUCAUAUACGACUCUCCUUUACUCGCUUUCUCUUCCUUAUUCCACUUCGUGAAAGGUGCCGUUGCCGUCUUUGUGGCGUGACGUGCAGGUCUCUGUUUAUAUACGUCUUUCUUUCUUACGUCUUUUAUUGACUUCCCGGAGUAGCAUUAUGUGAUGUGUACGAUUGCUAGAUGGCGGCGCUUUUACCCUUCUCUUACCCUUCCCAAUAAAGCGGACUGGACCGGAUAGAAAUACGGUUGCAUUGCCACUCCAACAACACAACCAUCUAGCCGGUUUGUAGCAACCUGCUAUGACAGCACCGCCCCUGCUCAACGACCAAAUAGUCUCCCCACAGUGUUGUUCACAGCACCGCUCAACAGCUGACCGCCAAUCCCUCCCAAGCCUGCAAGGCCGUACCCUUGCUGCGCCCAGCGUUGCUUGGCGUCUCGGUCCGCGUAUGUGAAGCCGAUCACGUUUGUGAUGUUGAACACCAAUGCCAGAGCUACGAUCGGCAGGAACGAGAUGCUGAACUUGAGGAGCGAUACAAAGAACAGCAAGAGCCACAGAACAGGGAAGAGGUAGAGUGCGGUCCAGAACAUCCUUGAAUCAACAGGAUUCGCCGGUCUUGACGGAUCCCGGCUCUCGAACACCCAAUAACUCUCCCCAUCCUCAUCUACCUGGUUCCAAAACCGGAGCCCGACAAGGGUCCGCCCUGCGACGUUUCGCGUGUUCCAAAAGUCCAUCGCAAGGAGGACGACGACUAUUACUGUGGAGAGGACGUAGUUGUUUGUGAAGAAUCCGCAAAGCACAUAAACAGCCACAGCUGCUAUCCUUAGCAGCCACAAUACAGCCAGAGCAAUCGGGUGCGCGCUCUGCCUGAAGAUACCCGCGAUCCCAGCCUCUGCAUCUGCCUGGUUCGUCGCCAUCUUCGUAUUGGUGGGAGUGAGCACGACCUGUGGCGGCGGGGGUGCGCUGGGGGUAGAUGCCCGCGCGCCUGGGAGUGGGUCGUCCGCCUCGAUGGUUGUUGUUAGGUGGGGCUGGGUAGAGGACAUCUUCCCUGUGCGAUGGCCGCUUUCGAGUAUGAGGAGACUGCGUUUGUGAGAUGAGCACUUG